AUGGGGCACUGGGCGCAGCUGCCCGGCUGGGUUUCUGCUACGCUGUUGCUGGCGCUGGCCGCUCUGCCUGCAGCCCUGGCCGCCAACAGCAGUGGCCGAUGGUGGGGCAUCGUGAACGUAGCCUCCUCCACGAACCUGCUGACCGACUCCAAGAGUCUACAACUGGUGCUGGAGCCCAGUCUUCAGCUGCUGAGCCGCAAACAGCGGCGGCUGAUACGCCAGAACCCGGGGAUCCUGCACAGCGUGAGCGGGGGACUGCAGAGCGCGGUGCGAGAGUGCAAGUGGCAGUUCCGCAACCGCCGCUGGAACUGCCCCACGGCUCCGGGGCCCCACCUCUUCGGCAAGAUCGUCAAUCGAGGCUGUCGGGAAACGGCGUUUAUCUUCGCCAUCACCUCCGCAGGGGUUACGCAUUCAGUGGCACGCUCCUGCUCGGAGGGCUCCAUCGAGUCUUGCACGUGCGACUACCGGCGGCGGGGUCCCGGGGGCCCCGAUUGGCACUGGGGGGGCUGCAGCGACAACAUCGACUUCGGCCGCCUCUUCGGCAGGGAGUUUGUGGACUCCGGGGAGAAGGGGCGGGACCUGCGCUUCCUCAUGAACCUUCACAACAACGAGGCGGGCCGCACGACCGUGUUCUCCGAGAUGCGCCAGGAGUGCAAGUGCCACGGGAUGUCGGGCUCGUGCACGGUGCGCACGUGCUGGAUGCGGCUGCCCACGCUGCGUGCAGUGGGCGACGUGCUACGCGACAGAUUCGAUGGCGCCUCGCGCGUACUGUACGGCAACCGCGGCAGCAACCGCGCCUCGCGGGCAGAGCUGCUGCGCUUGGAGCCCGAAGACCCCGCGCACAAGCCGCCCUCCCCCCACGACCUCGUCUACUUUGAGAAAUCGCCCAAUUUCUGCACGUACAGCGGACGCCUGGGGACAGCGGGCACGGCGGGGCGCGCCUGCAACAGCUCGUCGCCCGCGCUGGACGGCUGCGAGCUGCUCUGUUGUGGCCGGGGCCACCGCACGCGCACACAGCGCGUCACGGAGCGCUGCAACUGCACCUUUCACUGGUGCUGCCACGUCAGUUGCCGCAACUGCACGCACACGCGUGUACUGCAUGAGUGUCUGUGAACCGCCGCGCGGACUCGCCUCCAAGAGCGCUGUCCUCUCGCCC